AUGAACUCCUACGAUCCCGAAACCAUGGACCUUUGGGUUCCGGGUACGGAGGUCAAAGGCUCUGGGAAUCUGACCUGGGAGCAACUGGACUUCAACCGCAACUGCACGAACUGGGGUCAAUGGCUGGCUGCCAUGCUUCAACCUGAUCCAUGGGAUCCAAAGUCGACUCGAGGAAUGAGUGUUCAGCUGUCAAUGGCACUGUACUCGACGGCUAUGCCGAAGGGAUACGAGACGACCUACUCCGACGUAUCAUAUUGGUUCGCCUACAAUAUGUAUCAUACACCAUACCCGGAAAACUCGAGCGACCCCACAUACUAUCUUUUCAGCACACGAUUCAAUGAAACCGUUCUAUGGGGCCCAAAAGAGCAUUGUGAGGCCGAAUUCUGCAAGGCCGUCGGAUAUACAGGAAGCCAAGAUCUCUGCGGUAUUGGAGUGGUGGUAUCCUACUACCUCGAAGCCAUCUUAGCAACGAUGUACCUUGUCGCAUUCACGAUUCAUCAAGUACGACGCCACUUCAACAAGAACCUCUGGGAGAAGACGCGACCGAAGCAAAAACAAAGACUGAGCGGUCGCAUUCUCGACUCGUUCCGCGGAUCGCUCGACAUGUUCCUCAGCGGCUCAAUGCUGAUCGCAGUGGCCAUGUUGGGAGCUUCCGUCUACUCGGCCGCUACAAACUUCAAGGAGAGAUCGGAGAUCAACCCCGACCUCCCAUCAGCGGAUGCGAUUUACGAGCAAGCCUUGGCACUGAUCGCGUCCAACUACUCUGUGUUUCCGGUCAUGUUGCUCUACGCGCUAGCCAAGCACGAUGGCCAUCGCAAGUGGCUUCAUCGAUCUGUCCUUGGCCUCCUUUGGGGUUUGAGCGUGACGGUGGUGUAUCUGGCACCAAGGGCGGAGAUAGAUUACAAGGAACGAAAGAGUGGGCACAGAAACUUUGACUGCGAUCAACGUGGCUCGCAGUACUGGCCCGUCGUCAAAGCCACUCAGUUCUUGGUCAUUGCGCUGCCGAUGAUAUGGCUCCUCCUAACACUGUUCGUUACCACUGGCUUUAAGAUUCCCGGCAUGAUCGAUAAGCCUUGGGUCAAGAGAUGGAGGUCUUGCUGGCGAAUGUUGGUCGCCUGGAUCAACCUGUUGGUCAUGUGGGGCAUACUAGGCUACUUUACUCACUUCCGCCAGAAGAUCAUCAACGCGGCUGAUGGCAUUGACAAGAACGAUAAGUGGACGUUUGGACAAGUUCUUGCUCUGGCAGCUUGGGUACCAGUCAUGGCUGAGCUGCUGUACAUACUAAUCUUCGGACUUGAGGAGGGUCUGUCAGGCCAUAUGCCUGCCGACUACCACGCGACCCAUGUCACGCAACCUGACCAGAACAUGGGAGUUCCUCUCCUCGACAGAGGUUCGAUGUACGACAUGAAGCACGCCUCUACCAUGUCAGCAAUGUCUGUAUCCACAACGUUAUCUUCGCCAGCGACUCCUGGGCAGGUACAAACGCCUAUGUGGCAGCAGAACUCUGGAUACCAACACAGCCCUGUGUAUCAGCCAGUUAACAUGCAACAGCCCCACGUUCAGCAUCAUCAAAGUUGGGACGGAUACUACCACACGGGUUGGUAA